GAGAAGCUUGACGACGAAGAAGUACUUGACAUCUUCAAUGAGGUCGAGGAGCUCGUGAUUUUUUCCUUAGAUUGCCUAUUCAAUAAUUAAGUAUAUUGAUACGACAACUUCUCCAUCCAAGUCCAAAUGAGUCUUUCGUCGAGGUACCGGUUUGGGUGGUUCGCCGCAGUUCAUCUCGCGCUGAUUGCGGAUCCUUAUCAUGGAGAAGAAGUGAGUGAUAUUCCUGAGUGCUGGUAGUCCUAUGAAAAAACUCAAUUUGUCAUGCGGAGUUGCCAAUAGAGCUCUUGCACCAAAAAACACUCUCGGAGGCAUGGAAUUCAGUCGAUUUUGGUUUGCCUUUUGCAUGAACAGGAAGAACACAGCAAAUGCGCAUGACAGAGGACUGCGCUUUUUCUUAGGUCUAAGUUGUACCAGCACUUUUCAAAAACACUCAUUUGCCCUCUUUUAUAAUCCGGUCAUCUUAUCCAAAAAAACAAUACCUACGUCCGCGCUGAUGCACUUUGAUGUCAGUCAACGCCAAUAGUUUUUGGCUGUGAGAAAACUUUACUUACACCAUUUUCAGCCUGGGUGAUGUACUUACAUGACCAAGCGGCAGGUUCUUGCAUGUAAUACAAGAGGCUGCCGCUUGGUGCACGGCCCUCAACACUUGCAGCGCACGUCACAGCAUUUUUACAGGACAACUUUUCGUCAGUGCGUGAGACGACGAGACAGCAAGUCGUGUCGACAUCAAGGUACAGCAGCGCACUUGGCACGGGUGAGCACUUUUUUUGCAUCCUUCCUUUUCACUGCUGGCAAGGAAGUUUUGCGGCACGGAGACGCGCAGCCGGCUGGUGUAUCCUCUGCAAAAGUAUCGCACUCGUGGUAAUUGCAGCACAAAUCUCCACCUACUCCUGCUUAAACUGAAUCAGCAUAUACAAAUUCCGUUUGUCAUCAUGCUGAGCUGAAAUUUGUAUUGCAAUUACAUACUACUAGUACGAUGCUUUUGCAAUGCAUAUGGUGCAUCGAACAACAAUGAAAACAAGCUGCAGAAAAGAACCGGCGUGAGUCAGGAGCCAUCAACAUCCCCCUCCACCAGAAAGAAGCGGACGGUCUCCGUCGAUCAUGCUGCCGUAACGGAUCAUGGAGGCCAAGGCGCGGGUGAAAAUGCAGCGCAGCGUUACGCGACUGGUGCACACGUUCAUCUGGGGAAAAUAUGCAUUGCAAAUAUAUCUGGGUUCGGAAACUUGUGAUGCUGGGUGGUGUGGUAUCAUGAGGAGGCCACAAGUGCUGGCUCAGCAUGACAAGUUUCUGAACUUCUAGGCGUUGCAUACUUAUUCUGCGCGACAAAGUGCGUUUCUGCAUGACAGAAAAAUGGAGCUCUUGGGUGACGGGCAUGACAGAUUUAAGAGCCAUGCCAGACAAGCAUGACAAACAUGCACUCUUCCAGACCCAGACAUAUUUGCACUUGAUAGAAAACCACGGCGGACGAUUUGCAGGAAGAAGACGGAGAACCUAACGGCGACGACGCGACCGACGAACCGUCGUCGCAGCACGACCAAGAUCUUCUCCUCGACACGAAUUUCCUGCAACCGAACGCGUAUUCGCCAGCUCCAGCUGCAAUCCCCGGCGUUACUGUACCGCCACCAGUUGCCGAUAUGAAUCACCGGCCGGCGCCGCCCAGACCCAGCAUGAGAUUAAAGCUUGCCAGCCUGUUAAGAUAUCGGGCGUUUAAGUUCGAAAUACGUGGCGCGGAUUAACCUGCUCGUGGAGAGUCUGAAAGCCUCGGAAUUUUGUAGCCGAGGCAAGUGCCUCAACUCCCACGAAGGCUGUGUUCCGUCGCCCUGUUGGCCAACGCUCUUGCAAUACGAACAAGAAACGCACUCGGUUUGUCAUGCGCAGGGCCUUUCCGUAACUUUUUGCCGUUUGCCGGCAACGUUGCAAGCUGGGGACGAAUCGGAUCUAUGUAGCGCAAGUCGCUGCUGUUCUUCCGAACGCAGCCCCUGUGACGAGCACGAUGCUACUCGUGCGUGACAAAUGAAUCUGCGAAUUUUCCAGCUGAGGCAAGUGCCUCAACUUCCGUUCAAGGGUUUUGUCAUGGAGGAACGCGAGAUGAUUCGUGCAUGACAAAUCUCCGAAUUUGGAAGUUAAGGCAAGUGCCUCAACUUCCGCCUACGAGCCUUGUCAUGCACGAACACGAGGAGGCUCGUGCAUGACAAAUCUCCGGACUUGGAAGUUGAGGCACGAGCCACCUCGUCGUGUUCGUACGCGUCAAAGGCCGUGAACGGCAGUUGAGGCACUUGCCUCAACUUCCAACUUGCUUCCGAGGUUUGUCAUGCGCAAGAAGCUUCUUUCAAGUCCCGUUCGCGGCCUUAGGCAUGUACGAGGGAUCGGGAGCGUGACGUGGUUCGUGCAUGACAAACCUGGUACUUUUGGAGUUGAAGAAAGUGCCUCAACUCUCGUGCCGGGCCUGUGUCAUGCCCUUUCUGGACAUUGUUCCUGCAUGACAAACCUCCGAAUUCGGAAGCUGAGGCGCCAACGCCUCAAUUCUCGGCCCGACCCUUUAUUGUCAUGCACGAGCGCGACGUUGUUCGUGCAUGAUAAGUCUGGGAAUUUAGAAGCUGAGGCAGGUCGUGCCAAGUGCACGGGAGUUGGGGUUUGACAAUGACUUCCUAGAGGGCGCCUUUUGAGCCGACUGGCUCACCUGGGUUUCGCGGGCUAUGGAGGGGCGCUCCAGGUGCUAUUCCAGGCAUGCGCUGCUGGUGUAGCGCUCCAUCUGUCACUUCACUGCCGUGCGCUUUUGUUCAAGCAGUUGCCCUGUGCCCAGCUGCAGCGAGCGCGCGCCGCCCGAAGGUGCCGCCAGACACCGGCGGCGCUACUUACUUACACGCCUCUUAUUUCAUACUUACGCAGCCCCACUCUUAACAGAUAGGCAAGCUCUAAGCAUGGAAGUGCCUUUUAUUUUGUUUUCUUUUUUUGGUAGCUAAAGAUAUCACAGUACCAAAGAAGUCACUUGCGUCAUGUUGUUUUCUUUUUUUUGUUUUCUGCUUUUUUUUCUAAAUGAGACAAAGAGCCCUUCCCUAAUUUCUCUACGCGAGAAGUGCAUUGAAAGAGUUUUCUCAUUGCGCGUUCUAUUCUGUGUUUUCGUGGUCUGGGUGUUGAGAAACCUGAACCUUUUGGAACCCAGCGCUUGUUCGGGGCCAAUCCAAGUCCGGACCGGGCCGACGGGCCCACGGUGCUAUACGAACAGUAUGGCGACACCCUUUAUCCUGAGGAAGAGGAAGAGCACCUCGACGGAAGAAGCGUGGUCCCUGAUGGGCUGCGCCAAGAUACAGGCAGAACGCGACGACGCAGGGCGAGACCACUUGACGACGGGGAGCCCACCGACGGCGAGUGUAUGGCUGUGAGGUGAGCGUGCAAGCGUGUGUGCAGAGUUGCUUUUCUUGCGCGCGCGCGCGAACGCACGCACGGACUUUUGCCCGAGCGCGCGCGUGCGAAACUGCAUUCUUGCGCACGCGCGCAAGAUCGCGGGCACCGGAACCACGAGUGUGCGUGCGUUCGCGCGCGCAAGAACGCAGCUCCGCGCGCACGCGCUCGCGCAAAUAUCCGCGCGUGCGCAAGACACGCAACUUCGCUCGCACGCCCGCACACCCACCUCACACCCGUACAUUUUGGCCCUACACCCGAAUCGAAGACCAAGAAAGCGCUGUUUCCUGCUCCGAUUGCUGGUGCCCUUCUUGUUUGACUCGCUGGUUUGGGAGCGGAGCAAGCAGAAGCACGUCGUUCCUGGACACGGGUGCCGACGAAACGGCGGGCAGCCACGACACGCAUGCAACCCGCAAAAAGCACGACGGGUCGGAAAUGGGCAAGAAAAUAGACAAGCUGCAGCACCAGAGCAACAAAACAGAAUUUGCCAACAGCAACAACGCGACCACCAAGCCAGCCACACAUGCAUCGAUCCAUCCAUCCAUCCAUCCAUCCAUCCAUUCAUCCACACGUUGCAAACCGAUACGAUCUUUACGUCGCUGUUUGUCGAGGGUGACUCGUUGA